CAACGUGGCAUCAUCUUUGGAAUUAACGAAUUUGAUAAAAGGCUCCGCAAAAAAACUAGAACAAGAACAAAAUAGAAUUGAAUAGUUUUCAACGGUUUGGCACAAAGUAGCCAUACGACAAAGCACACAAUCGUUGAAAGAAUUCGCGCCUUCGGUUGAGCAUUUUGAAACAAUACAAGAAUAUUUGGAGUUUGGUUUCAAAAAAGAUGCCUCGAGUAACUAAAGAAAAAACUGCAGCUAAGGGAAAUGUUCCCAAAAAAGGAGCUGCUCCAAAGCGAAAUAAAUUAUAUGCCAUGCCAGAGAAAAUAGCUGAAGGCACAAUUCUCACCGAUUUAUCCAAAGGGCAGUGGUUGAUUGGAACUUCAAUUGGAACUGGUGGUUUUGGAGAGAUCUAUUCAGCUAGUCGCGUUGGUGAGAAGAAUUAUAACUAUGUUGUGAAGUGCGAGCCACAUGGAAAUGGUCCACUGUUUGUUGAAAUGCAUUUUUAUAUGCGCAACGCAAAGUUGGAAGAUAUUAAACGGUUUCAGCGUGACCGUGGCCUUAAGACCAUUGGUAUGCCGUAUAUGAUUGGGAGUGGAUCAACUGAGUUAAAUGGAAUUAAACAUCGUUUCAUUGUAAUGCCACGUUAUGGCAGUGAUAUUUCAAAACACUUUUUAGCAAAUGGUAAACGUUUUCCUGAGGAGACCAUAUACAGAUUGGCGUUACAAAUGAUCGAUGUGUAUGAGUUUAUACAUUCAUGUGGUUACGUACAUGCUGACUUAAAAGGGGCUAAUAUACUCUUAGGCUACGGCAAAGAAGGUAAUAGUCAAGCGUAUCUGGUUGACUAUGGCUUAGCAUCACACUAUACGACAAAGGAAUUUAAACCUGAUCCAAAAAAGAUGCAUAACGGUACCAUAGAAUAUACAUCUCGAGACGCACAUCAUGGAGUACCUACAAUGCGUGCAGACUUCGAAAUAUUAGGGUAUAAUAUUAUCGAAUGGUCAGGCGUUCAAUUGCCUUGGGUAAAAGACAAGAUAUUAACGGUGCCUGUGAAGGUGCAAAAGGCCAAAGAAGAAUUCAUGGCAGACGUUGCUCAUUGUUUAAAAACUUUAUAUUCAAAGGAUGUCCCAAGUCCUAUUGCGGAGUAUAUGAAAUAUGUGGCAAAACUGGAGUAUAAUGAAAAACCUGACUAUGAAAAGUUCCGUAAAAUAUUCAGUAAUGCUCUAAAGACAAUGAAAAUAUCGAAUACUGGAGAUUUACGUUUUACAAUAAGUGAUAAUAACAACAAAUCUGCACCUUCCACAAGCAAAGGCCGCGGAAAAUUACUGGGAAAGCGUGCAGCGGCUAUGGACACAUCUGUAGAGAUGUUUGCCAGCGAAGACGACGAUGAUGACAUAUUUGAGGAAAAGAAACCAUUUAAAAAAGAACCGCAAAAACAAUUGAAAACUGUAAGGGAACGUUCGUCUCCACGCAAUACUACACCAACUCUACGCGGAUCGCCCGGAAUUAAAACGAAGUCGAGAACCACUCCACUAAGUGAAAUUAAUAACAAAUCUGCACCUUCCAAAGGCCGCGGAAAAUUACAGGUAAAGCGUGCAGCGCUCGUGGACACAUCCGUGGAAAUAUUUUCCAGUGACGAUGAUGAUGAUGUAAUAAUUGAGGAAAAGAAACCAUUUAAAAACGAACCACAAAAGCAUUUAAAAACUGUGACGAACCGUUCGUCUCCACGCAUUACUACACCAACUCUACGCGGAUCGCCUGAAAUUAAAACACACACUAAGUUGACGCCAAAGGUUUCUCGGAAGCGUCGAUCAUCGUCUUACUCAAAUUCGCCAGUGGAAAAAAAGUCGAAAACCACUCGCCACGAAGGUGGCAACGAAAAAAGUACUAGUACGCCAAUUGCUUCCACGUUGAAUACAACACGUUCCACUCCUGUUGCCACUAGGGCGAAUAUAAAUUUUAGCCCAGCGAUUUCAUUGUCUACUAACAAGCGACUGGGGAAUACUGUUAUUAAUGACAAUACAACGCCAGUGACACGAAGUGGUAAAACUUAUGAAUUUAACUUUGAAUUAGAUGUUAGUAUGGACGCCAAUGUUAUAGUUAAUGUGAAACGUAAAAAGAAAGCCGCAUCAGCGACUAGCACCACCAAUAGUAAUAGUGUCGCUAAAAGCAGUUCUAAAUCAACGCUUGCAAAUGAAGAGACAUCUGGGGAUAAGAAAAAAACACCAGUUACUCGUGUUAAGGUACAGAAACUGCCCAGUGAUGAUGCGUGCGACAGUCCACGCACCCCAGCUGUUACUGUUAAAAAAUCUAGGCGUGUGGUUUCAUAAAAAAGAACUCUGUUGAUGUUUUCACUGUUUAAUUUGUAUUUAUAUAAACACAAUACAUUCUUUCUUUCUUUAUAAAUUAUAUGUAUAUGUAUGUAAUUAUUUUUUAUACAUCGCUCGUUUGUUAAAAAAUCGUAAUUGUUCCCUUCUUCGAAUAAGAUGCAGUUUGACGUCGCUUUCCUGGCAAGGGAUACCAAACAAAAAUAUUUGAUCUGUACUCUGAAUAAAGUUUUAUAUAAAAUUA